AUUGUUCAUUAUUACUGCAUGUAGAAAGCUGAGCCCACCCCUCACUUGAAUACGCGACAUCAAACAGGCAGAAAGGCCUCCCCCUCUCCCUCUCAACUUCCAUCCCGCUGGGACUGUUGUGUUGGGGAACCCCCUGAUGAGUGGAACCUGCAUCCAUGAGCCCCGUGCCCCCUCCCCAUCCCUUUCAGGCUUUAGCACACCCAUAUCAGAGCCCCCUUAUUGCAGGCUAGAUGCCGACACCCCAGCCUGCACUCCUGAAACUGACCUGACCCCCACCCAGUGUGUCCUCCGCAAUGUGCUGUCUAUCGAUACAGGGGGACAGAGUAGCCCAGCAGGGGGGGGAGGAUGCCCUCACACCUGUGGUAACAGCUCCACCCCCAGCGAUGGCCCCCCCGCCCACUUUGACAACAGCGUGCUCAAACUGCAUGAGCAUGAGGCUUGCCAGUGUGGGGGUGGGGCAGAGGCUGGCCUCAGCUCAGAGGCCGGGGCUGUUCGUGGCCAAUCAGACAACAUCCGACUUCAGUCAGGAAGUGGAGGUUUUCUAGAGGGACUGUUUGGCUGCCUGAAGCCAGUCUGGACGAUGAUUGGGAAGGCCUACUCAACUGAACAUAAGCAUAAUCAGGAAGAAUCCUGGGAGGUUCCAUUUGAGGAGAUAUCUGACCUGCAGUGGGUGGGCAGUGGUGCACAGGGCGCUGUAUUCCUGGGCAAGUUUCACGGAGAGGAUGUAGCCGUGAAGAAAGUGCGGGACAUCAAAGAGACAGAGAUAAAACACCUUCGCAAACUUAAGCAUCCCAACAUCAUCACUUUCAAGGGUAUCUGCACCCAGGCCCCCUGCUACUGUAUUCUGAUGGAGUACUGUGCUCAGGGCCAGCUGUAUGAGGUGCUACGGGCUGGCCGUAAGAUCACCCCCUCUCUCAUGGUGGAUUGGUCAAUGGGCAUCGCCGGGGGCAUGAACUACCUGCACCUCCACAAAAUAAUUCACCGAGACCUCAAGUCCCCCAACAUGCUGAUCACUCAUGAUGAUCUGGUGAAGAUCUCAGACUUUGGAACUUCCAAGGAGCUCAGUGACAAGAGCACCAAGAUGUCCUUUGCUGGUACGGUGGCUUGGAUGGCCCCUGAGGUCAUACGGAAUGAGCCGGUCUCAGAGAAGGUGGACAUCUGGUCGUUUGGGGUGGUGCUGUGGGAGAUGUUGACAGGAGAGGUCCCCUACAAAGAUGUGGACUCCUCUGCUAUCAUCUGGGGUGUGGGCAACAACAGCCUCCAGCUGCCUAUACCUGAGAGCUGCCCUGAUGGCUUCAAGAUCCUCCUGAGGCAGUGUUGGAACUGUAAACCCAGAAAUAGACCCUCCUUCCGUCAGAUCCUCCUUCAUCUGGAUAUAGCAUCGGCUGAUGUACUCUCAACACCUCAAGAGACUUACUUCAAGUCUCAGGCUGAGUGGCGGGAGGAGGUGAAGCAACACUUUGAGAAGAUUAAGUCUGAGGGCACCUGUCUGCACCGACUGGAUGAGGAACUGAUCAACCGCCGCAGGGAAGAACUCAGGCAUGCUCUGGACAUCCGUGAGCACUAUGAGCGGAAGCUGGAGAGGGCCAACAACCUCUACAUGGAACUAAAUGCAGUCAUGCUGCAGCUGGAGCUCAAAGAGAGAGAGCUGCAGAGGAGGGAGCAGUCUUUGGAUAAGAAGUAUCCAGGACUGUUCAAGCACCACAGCUCAAGACAAAGCAGCUCUUCCAAUUCCAUGGACAAGCUCAUUAAGAAGCGAAAUGUUCCACAGAAACUGCCCUCUGGAAAGAGACCAGAUAUCCUCAAGCCUGAGGUGAUCAUCCCCAAGAUGGACUCCUCUGUAACGCAGGUCACCAUCCCAUCCAGCUCCAACAGGGCCUCUACCUCCCCCAGCCGCUCUCGCAGGGUGAAGACCCGCCACCGCAAACCUGGCAAGGGCAGCAGCGGGGACCUAGCAGGGCUGAAGGCCACCCAGUCCUCUCCAAAUGGAGACACAUCCACUCAGGCCAACAGCUCUUCUACAGGGCCUUCUACGCAACUCCUGGAUCCCAGUGCAGCUCUGCGGUGCCUGAGCCACGAGCAGCAGACAAGGCACCUCUCCUCUUCCAGCCCGGACCUCAUCUCCAGCACUCUGGAGGCGGAUUGCCAAAGGAAGGGGGACAUUACUGUGGGGGGGUUGGAGAAGGGAGGCAGCCUCAGUGCUUCCGCAGGUCUGGGAUCUGAGGGUGGGGCGGUCGGUCUGGAUGACUUCACAGAGACCCCGCCGCGCAGUGAUACGCCCAGUGAGGAUGCAGCCUCUUUCCCCUUCUCCAGCAGCCCUGACUCACCUUGUGGGAGGGGGGCUGCGGCGGGCAGGGGGUCUGUUCUAGGUUCACCUCGCCUGCCCCACGAUGGAGAGGACAAAGAUGACGGAGCAGGGUCUGUGAGGUUGCCCCGAGGAGCAUCAGGAGGCAUUGGGAGUCAACACCUCACCCCUUCAGCCAUACUCUACCGGGCAGCUAUUACACGGAAACAGAGGCGGGGGGUGUCAUCAGAAGAGGAGGAGGGGGAAGUUGACAGUGAGGUGGAGUUGCCACGGAGACGACGUCCGACCAGCAUCAUCAAGUGCCAGUCGGUGUCUACUUUCAGCUCCGAGAACCUGUCUGUCUCAGAUGGCGAGGAGGGCCACACUACUGACCACUCCCACAGUGGAACGCCUGACGUGGUCAGCACCAACACAGACGACCGCCUAGACGACCGCAGCGAUGACCUCUUGUCUCAGGGGUCAGAGAUCCCGGCAGACAACACUGACCCGGCGCAGGCUUCUGACGGCCUGUCAGAAAGAGAGGGAGGCCUGGGCCAAGCCAAGGCUCAGCUGGACGCAGGACAGAAUCCUAAUGAGAGUCGGGUGCUGUGUGAUGACUCGGACUGCGACAGUGCCGAGCUCGACCAGUCAGGAAGUGGAGAACCCAGUGGUCCACCCAGCGCUGGGGCCUGGGCUCCAUGUGGAACCCAACCCGAGCCGUCACAAGGGUCCCCUCAGGGGCCUUAAACAGGCCCCACAUAGGUCCAACCCCUGGACAGUAGAACAGAUCAGAACUACAGCUACCUUAUCAUGAAGAACCAUCACAGAGCCUACUGAACACGCAGUCUAUCAAUGCAGGACAUGACUGAU